AUGUUAGAUAAAGAAAAUGAGCGCUUUUAUGAAUUUGGAGAGAAUGUGGAGAAUGAACGAGAAGAAUCUGGCUUGUACUGUGAACCAGUUCCCAGUCCUACUUUUGGAAAAUUUAAGCAUGGGUUGAAGUUUGGCUCGCGUCAAUUCUCUGAAGAAAAUUGCAAGAGAUUUCUUGCUGCCAUAUUUGCAAAAGUGACGGUACAAUACAAAAGACUUCUUGCCCAACGAAAAACGAGAAACAGAAAGUUAUCAUAUCCAUUGUCUAACAAGAGAUUUGUCACUUCUGAUGUCCUAAAAAGCAGCCUCCUUGGUCCUUUUGCUGGAACUAGCCAUGGCGCAAAAAUGUUUGACCAAUCAAAGACACUCGAAAUACUUAUUGUUCAUGUGGGUCAUAUGCAGCCAGAAAAUGACUCAGAUCUCAAGUAUGCUUUAUAUGGUUACCAAGCAUACGAUAAGUAUAUGUACAUUUACUGGCCUUUCACGACAUAUGAGAUUGCUCAAGAUGGCGAAUCAUUUAAAAUAAACCCGCAGAAAGGAAUUCAAUACUGCAAUGUUAAAAACAAGGGUUCAAGUGGAGAUGGAGUUCGGGAAGGUUGCGUAGUACUUCAAGUACCCCAAUUAUCAUUUUUCAAUGAAGGAAUUGUUGAUUCUGAAAUUUCCACUAUAGUCAACGUUCCAAGAAGAAUAAUGAGUCGUUUGGUGACAAAAUACGAAACAAUGGGAUCCAAUGCUCACAAGAACAGUCCUAAAAAGCCUAAGCUAAUUAAACCUAGAAAGUUCGCUAUAUUCUAUCAAAUAUUAGAAAAAAUUGAUUCCACACUUUAG